AAUUGGAAGCCAAAACACACCAUCAUGAGUUCACAGUUCUACGAAGGAAAGCGCCUUUCUUUCAAUAGACAAUUGUGUACCGUCCGCUACUACGGAGAAGUAGCCGGCACAAAAGGCGACUGGCUAGGCGUCGAAUGGGAUGAUCCCACGCGUGGAAAGCAUAAUGGCGAGAAUGGCGGCAUCAGCUACUUCAAGUGCCUAAGCAAACAUCCAACCGCUGGCUCCUUCGUGCGGCCAACACGCGUAGCAGAACCCCCACGCUCCUUCGUGGAAGCACUGCGUCACAAGUACGCGUCUGAAAACUUCGAGGACUCGGACACUGAGAUCGUGUACGUACGGACUGACAAGCUUAAGAAUGCGCCAGCACGUGACAAGCCCAUCAAGAUCAGCGGGAAAGAGGUUGAAGAAGUUGGGUUUGAUAAGAUUAGGAAGCAACUAGCAGAUCUGCAUGAGCUUAAGAUUGUGCUGUUAGAUGGCCUGCGCAUGUCACGACCUGUGGCCUCUUUGAGGGAAAGGCUAGAGGCUACGGGGGAGACGACGUGGCCCGAAGCUUUGAUUGAUAUCAGAGAGACCUGUCCGAAGAUCAUCGAAUUGGAUUUGAGUCGAAACUUGUUUGAGGAAUGGCGCGAAGUUGCAUCUAUCUGUGAGCAACUUGAUAAGCUCAGGAGUUUACGCGUGGACGGGAACCGGUUCAGAGAUAUAAGUCUGACGGAACCUGAACGGGAUCGAUGUAUGUCAGCUUUUAAGAACAUCAAGGCAUUGAAACUAGAAGACACACUCCUAUCAUGGCAUGAUAUUACUGGGCUCGCCUCUCUGUUCCCGGACCUGACUUCGUUCGUUGCUUCAAGCAACUCUUUCGGCGCCCUUUCGCCAAGCCUCCUACCAAACCACAUCACCGAACUGAUCCUCGAGGACAAUGGCUUCCACAAACUCACGGACCUAGCUCCUCUAACGUCGCUCCCAAACCUCCAGCGCUUAUUGCUUAAAGACAACAAGAUCUCUGACAUUGCAUCUCAUAGCUCAGAAAUCCCCAGGUUCUCCCACACGGUGACAGAUGUCGACCUCUCAUACAACGAGAUUUCCACGUGGAACUUCAUAGACCAGCUGCAAGACGUCUUUCCAAGCCUCACUACCCUCCGCAUAGCCCACAACCCGCUCUACCAGUCCCUGCAAGCUGCAGACGGAAGGGCGUUGAGCGCCGAGGAUGGAUACAUGCUCACAAUUGCGCGGCUAGGUCAACUGAAGAUUCUGAACUUCAGCCCCAUCACCCCCAAAGAGCGCCUGAACUCGGAGAUGUACUAUCUCUCUUUGAUCGGCAAAGAGCUCUCCGCUGCGCCCGAAGCGAAAGCCGAGUCCGUCAUAGCAACACACAGGCGCUAUGCGGAGCUAUGCGAGGAGUACGGCGAGCCGAGCGUGUCGCGCUCCUCGUCGUCUAUCAAUCCAAACUCACUCGCAGCCCGGCUCAUCCGGUUCACCUUCCACUUAGGCGCAUCCGCGAAACCAGCGGUAAAAGAGGGAACUCCGACUACCUUUGUAGCGGAAAUACCAAUGACCUUCAGCGUGUACAGUGCGUUGGGGAUCGUAGGGAAGCGGUUUGGGCUCCCACCGAUGAAGCUGAGACUCUUCUGGGAGACGGGCGACUGGGUUGUAGCUGGAAAGGAUUCGUCGCUGGAGCCUGAUAUGUGGGACUCGGAUAGUGAUGGUGGCGAUGAAGGUGCGUACAUUGGUUCGGAGCACAUCUGUAGAGAGGUUGAGCUGGUGGCCGGCACUAGGGUUGUCGGGACGUGGGUUGAUGGCGUGGAGGCGAAUGUAAGAGUAGAGCUGAGGUAGAUGAGAAGCGAUGGCCAGACGGUUUCAAGACGAAUUAAUUCGCGACUCGACGAAAAGAUGGUGAGUUGCCCAUCCUGCCCAUUGUGAAGGCUUCUCUUUGCAGCUCGCGUGUCUUCGACAUGAUAAGGCGUCUCUGCUUUCCAUGCCGCAUCCUGCCUUCAGGAGUUUCAUUUUAGCCCCGUGAUACGUAGGUUCUCUUUCUAAAACAAAAGAAAAGCUCUAUAAGGUGUGAACUCUCUCGAACGCCCUAAAGUUAAUUUCUGGGGUGGUGAAUAGGGAAGAUCACGUGACCGAAAGAGAAAAAAAAUGGCAAAAAGGAGGCACAUGGGUAGCUUUGGGCCAUCUGAGCCAUUGGGCAUGAUCCCUUUAUACUAGCCCACCUAAAUUAUUCUACUUAUAACCUGAAGUAAUUAAUCAU